ACAAACGCGCCCGCGCGCGCGCGCCGAAGGCAUCGAGACGUUGUUGAGGUGCAGUCGCGUGUGAUGUUCACUAGUGAGGGUCUGAACACCGCGCUCAUCCACUCCACACCGGCCCGUGAGCGCGGAUCUUCUGUUGACAUCUGAGGGGAUCAAAACCGCGGCGGUGAAGAUGAAUCCUCCGUGCGCGCGCUGCGGGAAAACCGUUUAUCCGACCGAGAAGAUCAGCUGCCUCGACAAGAACUGGCACAAAGGCUGUUUCCACUGUGAAGUGUGUAAGAUGACGCUGAACAUGAAGAACUACAAAGGCUACGACAAGAAACCCUACUGCAACGCUCACUAUCCCAAGACGUCAUUCACCAUCGUGACAGACACGCCGGAGAACCUGCGUCUGAAACAGCAGAGUGAAUUACAGAGUCAGGUGAAAUAUAAGCGAGACUUUGAGGAGAGUAAAGGCCGAGGCUUCAGUAUCGUCACAGACACGCCGGAGCUGCAGAGACUCAGAAAAACACAGGAACACAUCAGUAACGUAUGAUACACUGAUCAUUAUACCGUGGUAAAAACAUCUGCGUGUGUGUGUGUGUGUGUGAGAUAAAGAGAGUGUCUGAGGUGCUUUUGGUCUCUGAUAACAACCACACAACAUC